UUUGAAGCUUCUCCUGAAAGCUUGCCACUGUCACUUAGUAGUUAGUAGCGUUCUGUUCGCUGGCUGCUAUUCACAUCUCUAUGCAUUCUUUAUCAGUCUCAUUCAUUUCUUCUCAACACUUCUUCUCUCCGUCGCCGCCGCCGGAAUAUCCUUUCUCCGAUGAGAAAAUCCACCAGACUCUCCGCCAUCGGUCUCUCAAAGCCUCCGGAAGGACCAGAACCGCCGAAGCCUUUUAGCACUCGAUUUUCGCUGCGGUCGUACGCGAAGCGCGUGCAGCUGCUCACACCGGAGCAGAGAUCGGUGGUUUUGAGAACGGGCUUCGGGAACCUUCUCCUCGUUCCGAACCACACGCUGAACAAGGUGUUCCUCACGGAGCUCAUGGACGCGUGGAGCUGCGAGCGCCGCGCGUUCGUGCUACGCUCCGGCGAAGAAAUUCCGAUGACUCUUCUCGACGCCGCUCUUAUACUGGGCCUGCCGGUUGCCGGUAACCCCGUGAAUCUCACCGAAGAGGAACCGUUCUCUGAAUUGGAAGAAUCUUACGGAGCAACGGAAACAAAAAGGAAGGUGGCGAUGAGUUUUCUGGAAAAUAGGUUAGAUUCGAUAGGGGAAGAUGUGAGUGAGGAUUUUGUGAGGAGCUUCUUGCUCUACACAAUUGGGACGUUUCUCGCUUCGAACGAUGGGAAGGUGGAUUCGCGGUUCUUGCGGUUUCUUGAGGAUUUGGAUGAGGUUUCAGGGUUUGCUUGGGGAGGUGUUGUUGUUGAUGAUUUGUGUCAGUGGCUGGAUAAGAGGAAAGAGAAUAAUGUGCAGUAUGUUGGAGGUUGUCUUAUUUUUCUCCAAACAUGGUCCUAUGAACAUUUUGAUGUAGCAGCGCGACCACAAGUGCAAGAUCAUGAUUUGACCUUUCCUCGUGUGUGUCGAUGGGAUAAUACUAAACCUAAGCGGGGUACUUCAUGGUUUAAAGACCUGGAUGAUGACCAGGUGAUUUGGAAACUCCAACCUACUUCUGGAGAGUUACAAAUAGAGGUAAUCAAAGAAGCACUGGAGUUGCUAGGUGGCAACAAAGAGCUUCAAAGUCCAGAAAGCAGUUCAACAAGCUCAACAUCUAGUGUUCCUGAUGUAGAUUCAGGGUUACAGCUUAGUAUCAACAAAGAAGUACAUGGAGUGGACGAGGAUGAUUUGGAGAAUCAGGUAGUGGAGGACACUCCCACAAAGUCGAGCACUUGUGAUGAAGAAUAUAGAGAGCAAAUCAAUCCUGAAAAUCUGAUAGUGUUGGACACUCCCCCAGAUUUAACCAUUUGUGACAAAGUAGGUAGGGGGCAAGGAAUGAAUCUUGAAAACCUGGCAGUGGUUGUUGAGGAUACCCCUACAGCUACCAGUAUUGCUGAGGAAGUAAGUGGAGAUGAAGAGGUCAACAGUGAAAAACUCAUAGUGGAGGAUACUCCCCCGGAUUCCAUUUGUGACAAAGUAUGUAGAGAGCAAGAAAUGAAUCUUGAAAACCUGGAAGUGCUAGUUGAGGAUACCCCCACUGCUGACAAAGUAGGUGGAGAUCAGGAGUUCAAUGGUGAAAAACUCAUAGUGGAGGAUACUCCCCCUGUGCUGAGUUUUUAUGAUCAGGAUGAUAUAAGAAAGAAGAAUGUCAUGUUAGAAGUGAAAAACACUGAAUUGAAGAUGAAAAUAGACCAAGUAAUGGAGGAAAAUGAACUUCUCCGUACACAGAUUUUAUCAAAUACCCGAUUUGAAGAGCAGAACGCUGAGUUGAAGAAAGAGCUGGACUUGUUGAGAGAAGAAAACAGAAUUUUAAGACUGUCAAUAAGUGAUUUUGCAGAUCGGAUUGAUAGACAUGUUUUGGAUUUCGAAUCUAAUGCAACUGAGUAAACAUGCUAUCCUUGAAUUUCACCAUAACUUAACUAGCUGCUUAUAGAGCUAGGGCUGUGACACCCAAACAAGCCUUCAGACCUUGCUGCAGCCACAACAUUGAUCAACCCCAGUUCUUCCGCAAAGUAUAGGAUUGUGGGUAAUCAAGUGUGUAUAUAUAUUGUUAAGGUAAACAAACAUGAUUCAUUCUAAAUUAGGUGUGGGUAGUAUUAAGAGGUUUCUUUUUAAGUGAAACCAUGAUAUUCAUACCAGGGAAACAGAACUAUUCAUGUUCUUCUUUGUUGUAUAUUAUGUAGCAGAUAACACAUCUACUUCUCCAAACACAAGAUGUUGGAGUUCAAAUGGUAUAUAGUUAUCCUUUUCUUUUCAUGAGCAUUAUGAGGCCUAACAACGAGCCACUGUAAUCUUUGCUUAGUUCAUUCUGUCUUUUUUAUCAGUAAGUCCACAACUAGCCCUUGCAACUUUAGCGUACCUUGGUAAUGACAGAGGCUAUAGGCUUGGCUUGAACAGGAAGAAAUCAGCAGUGGCAUGCGGGGGUUGAAGGUGUCCUGGUUUGAUGAAUGUAAUUCAAUAGCCGUUGGUAUCUUUGUUGUGGCGGGGCACAUCUUCUUGGUGUGGUGUUUUUCAUGGCUGGGCAGAGGCUUCUGUUUCAUGGCUGUGCAUGAAGGGUUUGAAAGGGAUUUUUCUGUGUUUUGGUGUAGGGACAUACUGUCAUAGUCGCUCUGUUUGUGUUUAUGGUUUCGGUGGUUCAAUUCUACGGUUUGUUUGAAGUGUAUGUAUUUGUUUGUUAAGGAUUUA